GGUAUUUAAGGAAACAUUGAGAAUGUCCAAUGUCCUGUUGUGGUUUCCUCGUGUUGCACUUGAAGACUGCACGAUCGAAGGGUAUGAUAUAAAGAAAGGGUGGCACGUUAACAUCGAUGCAACUUACAUACAAAGAUUUGAUGAAAUGCAAAAGCCAUACAGUUUCAUACCUUUUGGAUCAGGGCCUAGGACAUGCCUUGGGAUCAAUAUGGCGAAAGUGACAAUGUUGGUCUUUUUACACAGACUCACUGGUGGUUACACGGGGACCCUUGAUGAUUCAGAUACUUGCUUAGAAAAGAAGGCACACAUACCUAGGAUAAGGAGUGGCUGCCCAAUAACUUUGAAGUCCUUAAGCAAAAGCAUGCCAGAGGCAUAAAAGAAGGUCAUGGAGAUUUACAAGACAUA